AGAGAGAGAGAGAGAGAGUCAUCUCAGUGCUAUGUCUUCGUCCCGAGUGUGAACUAAUAAUAGAGGAGGCCGUCUGCUCCUUUAAGAGCCCACUUGUAGCAUAUAGUCCUCAAAGAAUAAAGUAACAAAAUGGUUAUCAAAGUAUUCCUCGCCUCUUCAUCAGGAUCCACUGCGAUAAAAAAAAAGCAGCAAGAUGUUGUGGGCUUUCUGGAGGCUCUCAAAGUGGACUACACUCAGCUGGACAUUGCCUGCAACGAGGAGAAUCGCAUGUGGAUGAGGCAGAAUGUCCCAGAGGAUAGGAAGCCUACGAACGGCAUCCCCCUACCCCCUCAAAUCUUUAAUGAAGCGAGCUACUGUGGGGACUAUGACACAUUCUUUGAUGCCAAGGAGGACAACUCAGUUUAUGCCUUCCUGGGACUGCCCCCUCCUCCUGGGUCAAAGGAAGCAGAAAAGGCUGACAAGGCGGACAUUGUGGAGAAUGGGACCCACGCCGAAGAAACUAAUACAGUGGGCAAACUUGAUGACUUAAUAGAGGUUCCUGUGGAGGAGCGUAAUGGAAAUACACACAGAGAGGAGGAGAAGCUGCAACAGGCAGCUGAUGAGGAGGAGGAAGCUCAGGAUGGCGAGGAGGAGGAAAUAACAGAAGGAGAGACUGCAGAUAAAGAAACAGCAGGAGACGAAACCCCUAUGGAGGAAGAGGAGGCAGUGGAAGAAGCAGACGAGCAGGCUCAUGCAGAGGAGGAAGAAGGACAGGAGGAAGAGGAUUUGCAGUCAGAGGUAACUGUGCGUCGCUGAUCGUCUCUUUCUAUGGUUCUUCAAAUAGCCAUCAGAAAUAUGUGGGUUUGAUGGUGUAGAGAUCAGCGUUAUCAACUGUGUUUAUAUUGGGUUGGGAUGGGUGAAGGUCUGCCUUUCCCACUCAUCUUUAUACUCUUUUAUUUGCUCCCUUCAAAAAUGUACCCCUCUCUCUCCCUCUUUGUCUCCUGUCUCCAUCACGUUUUUUCCUUUAUUAACCAUUUUUCGUCUGUGUGCUAACAUCCUAUUCCUCAUUUCUUCCUAGUUCAGUAGCUGCUUCCUGACAACCUCAAGUAUCCAUAUAGUUUCAUUUUUUUAAAUCUGCAAAGUUCUCACCUUGUGCAUGCCUAAGGCACUAUUUUUCUCCGCUCACAGCCUGCUCACCUGCUAUUUGUUAUUCCCUCUAGGAGGAAGAAGAGCUACUACAGCUUGAGGUAGAUUCAAAUGAUUUUUUUUUUACUUGCCCCAACCAUCCUAAUUUCAUCUUGUGUUUU